GAGGGAAUAAUCAUAGAGAAAAUGGUGAAGAUUUCUUUUGUUAUUUUGAUAUGUGGUGUGCUGCUUGAAACCUGGCUCUCAUCUGGAGGUGUUCAUCUAUCCCAAUUUAUGUGUUCCUGAACUUCCUCUUGGGUUAACCUGGAGGAUAACCUGGAGAGGGAAUGUAUUGAAGAACGCUGCAGUCUAGAGGAGGCCAGAGAGGUCUUUGAGGACCUGGAGCAAACCAGGAAAUUCUGGAUCUCUUAUAUCGGUGAAUGUACUUUUUCAAGCAUGUGCCAUGUAGAUCACUGAUGAGGAGUCCAUCUUUAUUUCCAUAAAAUAUGAGACCAGUGUCAGUCGUCUCCCUGUCAGAAUGGUGGGAUUUGUAAGGAUGAGAUGAGUACAUACAUCUGCUGCUGUCCAGUCGGCUUUCAUGGGAAGAACUGUGAGUUAGAGAUGAGAAAACAGUGUAAUGUAAAUAAUGGAGGAUGCAUGUAUAUCUACUUUGUGGAUCAAAUCUAUGGAGUAGUGUGUGACUGUGCCGAUGGUUAUAGACUGGCCCUGGACAGCCGGACCUGUGAACCUACAGGGAAAUACCCAUGUGGACAUCAUGGGGACAUUGUUGGAUCUCUUAAAAGGUCCCUUACCAAUGCUGAGAAUGGAAAUCAAAUUUUACCUGCCAAUACAACAGAGUAUAACGCAACAGAGACUAGUCCGACAGAUAACACAACAGUGACUAGUCCUGCAGAUCCCCCUGCAGUGUACAAAACUAUCACUCCUCGUCCUAUGAUGGAAAACAUUCCCUCUUGGGCUUUCUUUCCUACUCUUCCUACUAUUAAAAAUGCAACAAAAAAUGUACAGCGGAUUGUUGGAGGCAAUGAGGCAACACCAGGGGAGAUUCCUUGGCAGGUGGUGUUAAUGCACAAAUUGAAUAAAAUGGCUUUUUGUGGAGGAUCUAUCCUGAAUGAAGAUUGGGUCAUUACAGCUGCACAUUGUAUUGAAGGAAGGAUUGGAACUUUCUUCAUUAGAGCAGGGGAACAUGACAUUACAAAAAAGGAGGGAAAGGAGAGUGACUAUGACACAGCCGAGUGCCACAUUCAUCCACAUUACAGCACUAAAAAAGGUCUCUUCAAUCAUGACAUCGCCCUGUUGAAGCUCCAGACACCCGUCCAAUUCUCAGACUAUGCUCUGCCCAUCUGCCUGGGCUCUAAAGACUUCACAGAGAAGCUGCUCCGCAGCGCCCCUAAUUCCUUGGUGAGCGGUUGGGGAAGGCUGCGCUAUGGAGGCAUCGAAUCCAACACCCUUCAGAAAGUGGAAGUGCCCUACGUGGACCGGACAGAGUGCAAAACUAGCAGCACCGACAAAAUCACCCACUUUAUGUUCUGUGCUGGAUACAAUACAGUACACAAGGAUUCCUGUCAAGGGGACAGCGGAGGACCCCAUGCCACCCACUAUCAGAACACAUGGUACCUCACGGGCAUCGUUAGCUGGGGGGAUGAGUGUGCAAAGGAUGGAAAGUAUGGCAUCUAUACCCGGGUCUCCAAAUACAUGUUCUGGAUAAGUAAAAUCACUGGCAUCAGAAUAGGACAGUGA